AUGUUUUUUAAACUCUGGCCACAAGAGAAUGGCGAAUGGGAAAUUAUUUACCGCCCGGCUCGUAAAAACAUCAACUGGCUUGUUCCUCGAGACAGCAACAAACAUCAGGACAUCACCUUCUACCUCAUCAUUAAGCGCAAACCUCUCUUUUACAUCAUCAACAUCGUCAUUCCCUGCAUCCUCAUCGCCUUCAUGAUCAUCCUUGUCUUCUACUUGCCGGCUGACAGUGGGGAGAAAAUGACUUUGGGUAUCUCCAUCCUCUUGGCUCAGUCUGUAUUUCUGCUGCUGAUUUCUCAGCGCCUCCCGGCCACCUCCUUCGCCAUACCCCUCAUUGGCAAGUACCUGCUCUUCGUCAUGCUUCUGGUGACUGCAGUCAUAGUGGUGUGCACGGUGGAGCUGAACAUUCAUUUUCGGAGCCCAAGCACUCAUAUCUUGUCUGAAUGGACGAAAGAGUUCUUCCUUGACACCCUUCCGCGCAUCCUCCGCAUGUCCAAGCCAGCGGAGAGUGACCCCGCGCCGCAGGACGGCUUCCUGAUCCGGCGUUCCAGCUCGGUCGGUUACAUCGCCAAAGCGGAGGAAUAUUUCACCAUUAAAUCCCGCAGCGAGCUCAUGUUUGAGAAGCAGUCGGAGAGACACGGCUUAACUAGACGGAUUACCCCUGCACGACCAAGCCCCCAUGAGGAAGGCUAUUUGCAGGACCAGCUGUACAAUGAGAUCAAGCCAGCCAUUGCUGGAGCCAAUUUCAUCGUGAAGCACAUGCAGGAGAAGAGCAACUAUAAUGAGGAAAACGAAGAGUGGAUCCUGGUGGGGAGAGUCAUUGACCGUGUCUGCUUCCUCAUCAUGGCCUCCGUUUUUGUCUUCGGUACCGUUGGCGUCUUCCUGAUAGCUCACUUCAACCAAGCUCCAGCCAAACCUUUUGCGGGAGAUCCGAGGACAUAUCUGCCCGAGUAG